GCGACGACUGCAGUACUUGUACAGGAAUUAUAAUUCUUACAUUGCAUCAUGGGUUAUAUCGUUGCCUUGAUGACUAUUGCCAUGGUGUGCACAACUGUUCGUACCGAUGAUCUAUUGGAGACAAACGCAGCCGGAGACGAAGCGUGUGAUCCCACAACCAAUGUCUGCUUUAAAUUCUUCCAUGAAUCACGAGAAGAGUGGAGUGUAGCUAGAGAUAUAUGUGACGACGAUGGAGGACAACUACUCGUCAUCGAUUCAUUUCCCCUUCACAAGAAGAUCAGACAAUACAUCAAUUCACAUCCUAGUAUUAAGAGUCCCGUGGGAAAUGGGUACUGGACUGGUGCAAAUGAUAUAGAAGUAGAGGGCCUGUUUGAACUCAGCGACUGUACUCCAUUAACCUACCGCGAUGGAUGGCAUUCCGAAAAACGUGGAAGAAAAAGAAUAACACAGCCUAGUAACACAGUGAAACAGGACAUCAAUGGACAGGACUGUGUCCAGAUAUGGGAGCGUCCACCAAAAUCCCCAGUAUGGAAAUUUGACGAUGACUAUUGUUGGAAACGGAAAUCUUUUAUUUGCGAAUAUGCGGCUCCGCAAUGCGAUAGUGGAUUUUAUGCACACCAGGGAGAAUGCAAACCUACUACGUCGUAUUUUGUAACUUUUACGUUUACGGCAGUAAAUGGAGAGGUAGUCACCUUCAGUGAUGUUUACGUUGACCCAUCUUCAGAAGAAUUUCAAACUCUUACGGGGUUGAUCAUUAUCUGGAUGAAGUCGGUCCUAGAAAGUGCAGAUUUGUAUGGUGUUGAAGUCCUUGGAUUUUAUCCUGGUAGUAUCGGCGUCGAUACAGUUAUUAAUUUUGACCAAACUACAACUACAACUAUUACCAACGUUCAGGAAACCCUGACUGCUUCAGCCGCCACAGGUCCCCUUGCAAUAGUUCUAUCAACCAUCGUCGUAACAGAUGAGCGCGUACCGUGGCGGGUGGACGGUCGUUGUGGAUCAAUUUUCAGAGGAACAAAUGGGGUCAGCCCAGCUGAAUGUGAUCCUUAUAGUACCACACCUUGUUGCUCUUCGUCAAGGUUAUGUGGCAUUUCACCAGAUCACUGUGACUGCGAUGGAUGUAUAGACUACCGAGAUGUGUAUGGAGUCACAGCUGCGCCGAUAAUUACAACUACUACACCAACACCAAUCCCUACAACUGAAUCAGAUGGGUCAUCCCAAGCAUGGAGAGAAGAUACCCAGUGCGGACACGGAUUCCCUGCUCCAAAUGGAGCUAAUCCCUCGGAAUGUAAUCCUCAUGGUAUAUACCCAUGCUGUUCUCCACAUAGCUGGUGCGGGAUAAGUUCUGCGCAUUGUACAUGUGGCAGCUGUAUUGACUACAGAGAAGUAUAUGGAGUUACUGAUUCCAUCGUCGAUGCCUGCACUGGUCCGCCAAAGGUUUUAACUGUUCCCGCUGACGGUGAAUUGGUUUUAUCGUCACCUAAUUAUCCCAUUUUCUACCCGUUGUAUGCCAACUGUCAAUGGGUGGUGUCGGCAGAAGACCCAACUCGUGAAAUAGAGAUAACAAUUGUAGAUGCCGAUAUAUCCGAGUGUUGUGAUUAUGCCAAGAUCGGCAAUGGUCAGAGUAUAGGUAGUGGCCUAAUCGCACUUGUCACUAAAGACAACAUAGGCGUGGUUUACAGUGGUGGGUCCACAAUAUGGGUUCAUCUGCAAAGCAGCGGUGUACAUGGACAGGGUGCUGGAUUUCAACUUAAAUUCUCUGAUGCAGAACACCGCAUGGGCAAAUUCGUUGAUCGGAUCUUGGCUAUGUAUGAUCACUAUUGA